AAAUCCACUAUCUAAGGCCUCUGCGACUUUUUCUGAGAUAGAUGGAGGUUAGCCGUCGACCUCCAUCCUGAAACAACGGCGAAUGUAAGGAUGUCUCUUCUUCUACCCUCUUCUCUCUCCCAUGGCACUACUAACCUCUCACCUCUUCAUCCUCUUGCCUCUCUUUUAUAUCCAUCUAUUAAUUUGGUACCUAAUCGUCUUUUAAACAACAAUCUCAGCAGAACCCAUGUCACCACUACUACCACCACCAUGACCUCGACCAUAUGUUGUUGCAGACAGAAGGAGAAGGUUCAUGGUACUUUCUCUUCGAGCAUUAAUGGGCACCAAAUUUCUAGGGUAUUUGGAACUCUUGUGGGGCGAGUUCGUAGUUCUUCGAAAUUUUCUAGCUAUAAUGGUUGCAGUGGAAGCGACGAUGCCAUAGCCCAGGAACUUGGCAGCAGAAGCGAUGGUGAAGAAGAAGAAGGUCAAGAUUCUGAUGAGGGGGAGGAGCUGGAAGAAGGGCUUGGGAUAAGAGCUUCUGCUGGACCUGAGAGAUGGGAUGUCUUGGGUCUUGGACAGGCCAUGGUAGAUUUUUCGGGCGUGGUGGAUGAUGAAUUUUUGGAGAGACUGGGACUGGAGAAAGGGACCAGGAAACUUGUGAACCAUGAGGAGAGAGGUAGAAUUUUGCGAGCUAUGGAUGGUUGCAGCUACAAGGCCGCUGCUGGAGGGUCUCUUUCCAAUACAUUGGUAGCCUUGGCGAGGCUUGGUGGUCGGUUCAUUGGAGGCCCUGCCUUGAAUGUUGCCAUGGCGGGUAGCGUUGGGGGCGACCCCUUGGGUGGGUUUUACAGGGCAAAACUUUGUCGGGCAAAUGUGAAUUUUCUUUCCAAACCUGUCAAGGAUGGGACAACCGGGACAGUUAUAGUUCUCACCACCCCGGAUGCCCAACGGACUAUGCUUGCAUAUCAGGGUACAUCUUCAACUGUUAGCUAUCAUCCAUACUUGGCCAGUGUAAUCUCGAAAACAAAUAUACUUAUUGUGGAAGGUUAUUUAUUUGAACUUCCUCAUACGAUCAAAACAAUAGCAAAAGCGUGUGAGGAUGCCCACAGGAAUGGUGCUCUCGUUGCUGUCACUGCUUCUGACGUGUCCUGCAUUGAGAGACACUAUGAUGAUUUUUGGGAUAUCAUAGGGAACUAUGCAGACAUAGUAUUUGCAAACACUGAUGAAGCAAGAGCUUUCUGCCACUUCUCCUCAAAAGAGAGCCCUGUAUCCGCUACAAGGUAUCUGAGCCAUUUUGUACCUCUUGUCUCCGUGACUGAUGGUCAUAGAGGAUCUUACAUUGGUGUAAAAGGUGAAGCCAUUUUCAUACCCCCUUCACCAUGUGUACCUGUUGACACAUGUGGUGCUGGAGAUGCUUAUGCUUCUGGGAUUUUAUAUGGUAUAUUACGUGGUGUAUCAGAUUUGAAAGGUAUGGGUACAUUAGCAGCAAGGGUUGCUGCUGUAGUAGUUGGACAGCAGGGGACUCGCCUCCGUGUUCAGGAUGCAGUUGAGUUGGCAGAGUCAUUUGCAUUUCAAAUCAAUAGCUCCAAUGUUCACUUCGAUGUAGGAUCAGAUCAUAUCUCCAGUUUCUAAUCUUAUUCUUCAGCUUUGUGAUUCUAAUUUGUUCCACUGGCUGGAUUUUUCUCUUCUUGUAAUUAGAUUUAUGUACAUUUCUUAUACUUUAUGUUUAUCAAUUUUUUUGUAAAUUCA